AACAUCUAUUCGAAUGAUGAGAUUUCAGCUCAAGAGUACCCAUAAAACAAAAUACCAGAAUGGCUGAGGGGACAGAAAUAAACGCAUUGCCACUUGUUAAAAAUACGAGACGAGGAAACUUUGGUACAUCCAAUUUCUAAUCGUCCUUCUAUGAUUAGCAUCAAGUUAAUUUGGCUGGUCCCCGUUUCACAUUAAUCAUGCACCUCUAAUACCUCCACAACUUGAAAAAAGGGACUUUUGCCCUCAAAGCCUUUUGUUGGUGACAAUCGGUUCCUUUUGCCUUUUGUCACCUUCAGUUUCCUCCCUGUUAGUCAAAUUGAUCAUAAUCCAUAGCAGGACGAGGACACAGACAAUUCAAAUGUGAAAAAGAACACAAAGCAUAAAGCAUUGUGUUACAUCAAACCAUCUGUGCCCUUUCUGUUACUAGUUUGACCAACAACACAAAAAAUAAACCCAAAAGAAGAAAAAAAAAAAAGUUAGUCAUUGUUCAUCAAAAUGAACGACCUAUUCUCAAGCUCCUUCAAAAAAUACAGUGACCUCAAAGAACAGGCCCACAUCGAUGAUGUGGAGGCGGGGAAGGAAAGUGUCAACCUCGAUAAAUUUUUCGACGAGGUGGAGAAUGUGAAAGAAGACAUGAGACUAGUUGAGAAGCUCUACAGAAAACUGCAAGAGUCCAAUGAAGAAAGCAAAAUUGUUCACAAUGCUAAAACAAUGAAGGAUCUUCGAGCCAGAAUGGACCAAGAUGUUCAGCAGGUUCUCAAACGUGUGAAACUCAUAAAGGGCAAGCUUGAAUCUCUCGAACGUUCCAAUGCAGCCAACAGAAACAUUCCAGGGUGUGGUCCAGGUUCCUCAGCAGAUAGAACCAGAACCUCAGUGGUUAGUGGCUUAGGGAAGAAACUGAAGGACUUGAUGGAUGAUUUUCAAGGGUUGAGGGCCAGAAUGCAGAAUGAGUACAAGGAAACCGUGGAACGAAGGUACUUCACCAUAACAGGAGAAAAGGCUGAUGAAGACACCAUAGAGAACUUGAUAUCAAGUGGAGAAAGUGAGAGUUUUCUUCAGAGGGCGAUUCAGGAACAAGGGAGGGGUCAGAUAAUGGACACCAUAUCGGAGAUUCAAGAGAGACACGAUGCUGUUAAGGAGAUAGAGAAGAAUUUGAUUGAGCUGCAUCAGGUGUUUUUGGACAUGGCAGCUCUUGUAGAGUCUCAGGGUCAACAACUUAACAACAUAGAGAGUCAUGUGGCACAUGCAAGUUCUUUUGUGAGAAGAGGCACUGAGCAACUUCAAGACGCUAGAGAGUAUCAAAAGAGUUCUAGGAAGUGGACUUGCUAUGCCAUUCUUCUUGGCAUUGUACUCGUUAUUGUACUCCUGUUUCCUCUCUUGACGUCACUUUUACCUCACUUGUUGAUUUGAAGAAUAUAUAUCUUGAAGAGUUUAAUUUUCAACCCCGACAUUAGAUUUUUGCACUAUGAAAUGUCCAAGAGCUACUAGCAUGUGAGCACGCACGCUGCAUGAGCAGCGGAAAAUGGGGAGCAUCUGUGAUGGCUUCCUUCAGAUUAAUUUAGGCAUUUCAUAUGCAGAAACAUGAAACAUUCAAGUUCUUUGUAUGAAAUUAUUGAUGCAGGUGACCUUUUGAAGCCAAGAAAGCCACAGAAUCAAGUUAUUCUCUUGAGUAUUUUGGAUUCCCAUAGAGUUGUAAUAGCAUGUUGACUUACUUUUGAAUGAUUCCAUUUUUGUCUUA